UAAUGGGGAAAUACAUAUCCGACUUUGCACUCUCAUGUAAGCGCCACAUGGCCCCAUAAGGUUGCAAUUAUAACCUUUCUAUGUUCUAUAUAUUUUAUUUUAUAUUUCAUCAAUAGAUAAUUGAAUAACAUUUUUGUCUUUGAAUGGUUUCAGUUAUUAAAAAUAGAUUUUCAAUCAAUGAAUACUACGAAAGUUAUUUAGUUUGCAGUAAUAAAACCUACCGAAAGGGGUCGCUAGGAAAACAGCUAGAAAAAAACAGCAUCAAGAAAACCCCGAAGAAGAAGAACCCGGAAGUAAAUAAUAUCACAUGUGUGCGUAAAAAUGUCCACCAAUAUUGCAGCAAAAAGACCCAGCGUUGAAUCCGCUCAGACUGUAGAGAGGGUCGACUGGAAGAAAAGAAAAUCAGAAAUUAAAGAAACUCAGAAGCAGAGGAAAGAGGAGAAGCUGAUCAAGCAGCUGGAGAAGCAGAAGGAGGUAGAGGCUGCAGAGGCUGACAAAUCUGAACAGAGCCAAAACAGUAAAGGUCGGGCUUACACAGUCAGCGUGGCCUUGCCAGGCUCUGUGUUGGAUAACGCUCAGUCUACUGAACUUCGCACAUACUUGGCAGGACAGAUCGCCCGAGCCUGCGUCGUGUUCUGUGUCGACGAGAUCGUUGUGUUCGAUGAACAAGGAGAAGAUGUCAAGAGCGUUGAAGGGGAAUUUAAAGGUGUCGGGAAGAAGGGACAGGCUUGUAUUCAGCUCGCCAGAAUACUUCAGUAUCUGGAAUGUCCCCAGUAUCUGCGCAAAUGGUUUUUUCCAAAGCAUCAGGAUUUACAGUAUGCAGGUUUGCUGAACCCUUUAGACUCCCCUCACCACAUGAGGAUAGAUGAUCAGUCAGAAUACCGGGAAGGAAUUGUCCUCGACAGGCCGACCAAACAAGGAAAAGGCUCGAUGGUCAACUGUGGGAUGAGAAAGGAUGUUCGGAUUGACAAACAGCUGCAGUCCGGACUUCGAGUCACAGUACAGCUCCAUAAAUCCCAGAAUCCAGAAAGCAAACUUUUUAAAGGUAAGGUGGUGGCUCCUCACCUGCCGAGGACUGAAGGGGGUCUCUACUGGGGCUACAGUGUCCGUCUGGCGUCUUGUCUCAGUGCAGUUUUCUCAGAAAGUCCAUAUAAAGAAGGAUACGACAUGACUAUAGGAACAUCAGAGAGAGGCAGCAACAUGGACCAAACAAAGAUGGCACCAUUCAAGCACCUCCUGGUCGUUUUUGGAGGUCUUCAGGGAUUGGAGGCAAGUUUAGAUUCUGACCAGAACCUUGAGGUGAAUGACCCCAGUGUGUUAUUCGACCUUUAUCUCAACACAUGCCCAGGUCAGGGCAGCAGGACCAUUCGCACAGAGGAGGCCAUCUUGGUUUCCAUGGCAGGAUUGAGACCCAAAAUCACGGCUGCUUUUGCAGAUGUUUCCAGUGGUUCAAAAAAAUAAAUUGGAUUUGAAAACAUCGCUCACCGCUUAAAAAGCUUUGACCUCAAACAUCACAUCCCCCAUCAUCGGAGGAACUUUGGUUUUCAAAUUCCUCUUCUGUUUGUUUCAUUUCAGUGUGUCAGUGUUUUUGAAUUGUCCAGCAAAUUGUACAUAUUUACAAAAUAAACUCCACAGGCUUGAAGUGACUUGUAUUUA